GCUACGUCAGAAGUAAAUACUGUCGGCUAGCCUACAUUUAGCCACCUGUGAAGACAACAUGGCUUUUACUUUGUAUUCUCUCAUUCAAGCGGCGAUUCUGUGCGUCAAUGCUGUGGCUGUACUGCACGAAGAAAGAUUUCUGAGUAAAAUCGGCUGGGGAGUGGACCAAAGUGUAGGAGGUUUUGGUGAUGAACCAGGCAUCAAAGUGCAGCUAAUGAACCUUAUCCGCUCAGUGAGGACAGUGAUGAGAGUGCCGCUGAUAGCAGUGAAUGCUGUGUGCAUAGUGCUGCUGCUCCUGUUUGGAUGAGGAGGAGUGAAGAUGGGACAAACUGCUGUCAGGAGGACAUCUCCAUCACCUCAGGAACCACUUCUGCAGAAACCUUUGAUCUUGACUCACAAAAUGCCUCUUGAAUAUGAAUAUUUUCAUUUAAUAUUUCACUUCAGUACAUGGGAUAUCUGUCAAGGCCUGUUUUUCCAGCACAGUAAUUUAAAAUAAGUGAAUGCAGCUGUUGAAAUGAGCGCCCCUUGUCUUUUGAAUAGUACAAUAAAAUGCUUGGGGACAGUUUUUUAUUUAUCAGAUUUAGGGGGUGGCUGGGGGUGUGACUUUGUUUUGUUUUUUGCACAUAAUUAUCCUCCCUGGAGCAAGAAAUAUUUGUCCUUGAGCCUCCCUGAGUGACUGAAGGAAUAUACACGACUUUCUCUUCACCAUAAAUAACCAGAUUUCAGUUCCUGACUAUGAUAUAUGGUGUAAUUUAGGACAUUUUAAAGAAAAAUGUAACAAAAACAAAACAAAAAACACAAUACCCUCCCCAGUACCUAAAGAACAUUUAAAUUUCACCACCCCCUCCCCGCUCUUAAAUAACGAACAGUUCCCAACACUUGAUUUGCUGAUGAUGAAAAUAUGAAUGUGAAAAAACGUUUUUACACUUUUCUGGGGGAAAAACUGUCACAAAGAAGCCAAGUGUAAAACGUUUGUGAUUUAUACACUGAAAUGUGUUACGGUUGUUAAAAUGCUCGAAAUGAAAGAGUGUUUUUAAA